GAUAGUGAACUCACUUACCAUGGCAUCUGGUGGCAGGGAUGAGCCAGAUGAAAGAGCUAAUCAUGUUGAAGCAGUGCCCCUGUAUACAAGAAGGAUAUCCUUGAUGAGAAGUUACUCAACAUUAGAGGAAGGGUCCAUUUCCAAUGCAUACCCAGGAUCCAAAAAUGGUGAACAGCCUUGCAUUUUACCCAGAGACAAAUAUCUGUCAAUUGACAGAGGAGGAGCUGAGGAAUGAAACAGAAAUAGUUUUCAUGAGUUAUUCAUUUCAUUUGUCUGGAAUUGAAAGUAAUGAAAAUGAGGAUACUGUCCCCAUACAAAGAGAAACCAUGGAGGCCACACAACUAAACAGUGCACUAGACAGAGUCGGGAGGCAAUUAGCAAUUAUUGGAGAUGAUAUUAAUGACCGCUAUGAGGCUGACUUCAACAACAUGCUGCGUAACCUAAAUCCCAAUCUGGAUAAUGCUUAUGACUAUUUCAAGAAGAUUGCAUCCAGUAUUUUUGAAACUGGCGUAAACUGGGGUCGUAUUUUUGCUCUCCUCGGCUUUGGGUACAGGAUGGCUGUUUAUGUUUUCCGCAAUGGACAUCAUGGCUUUUUCAGAACAGUCGGUCAAUAUAUGGCUAGAUAUGUGAUUGAGAGCAGCAUUGGUCGUUGGCUAGUGAGAGAAGGAGGCUGGGCUGCAGUUCUUAAAUUAACAAACAACAGCAUCAAAUAUGUUCUCAUGGCACUGGGGACUGUUCUGAUCUUGCAGUUCUUGUUUCGACAUACCUCCUGACCUUUCCCAUGGAAAUUUCCAGCCUACAAGAAAAAUAGGGAAACUUUGCAAUAUCUGGCCAUUUGGAAUAAAUGUCACAGCCCGUGACCUUGAAGAGUUUGCCCUUAGAGGAAUGACCUUGUUUGUCCACAUGCCAUAUUACAUGUGUUUUACUUAAUCCCUGAAUUAUUAAAUAAUUGUAUACCUGCUUAAAGAAACACUUAAAGGAACAACCCAUCACCCUAUUAAGAAACAAUUUGUUUAAACUCAUGUUUUCUCCCACGCUGCGCUGAAUUUGGCAAAAAUGCAGAGCUGCGCCAGUCAGCAUCUCCUAAUAGAGAUGUAUUGAGUAAAUGCAUCUCUAUGGGGAAUGUUCAGCACCUCCAUGCAGAGCAUGAAGCACCUC